ACUGGGUUUAGCCUUUCCAACCGAAGUAGCUGGUGAUUAAAUCAAGUGCUCCGUCAAGUUUUUUUUUUUUUUUUUUGCGGCAUCACGUGUUGUGAGUUUAUCGGCGGGUUUUGAUGGCUGACUGCUCACCUUAAACUCUGCUUAGCUAAAGACUUUUGGAGAUGUCACCGAAGAAAAAUGCCAGAGUGGGUAAAAGAGCAGCGAGUUCAGGUGAUGGUGAAACAGAAAGAGCCGGUGGUAAGAGGAAAGCUGCAGCUUCUGAUGAGACUGGAGAAAAUAAGGAGAGCUCAAAGUCACCUGCUUCACCACAGCACUGUCACUGGCUGAUGAAGUCGGAGCCUGAGAGCCGCUUUGAGAAUGGGAUCGAUGUGAAGUUCGGGAUUGAGGAUCUGAAGGCUUUGCCUAAUCAGACCAGCUGCUGGGAUGGGGUCCGCAAUUAUCAGGCGCGCAAUUUUAUGAGGCAGAUGAAAGAAGGGCAGUUGGCUUUCUUUUACCACAGCAACUGCAAGGAACCGGGGAUAGCAGGAAUCAUGAAAAUUGUGAAGGAAGCUUAUGUGGACCACACUCAGUUUGACAAGAAAGAUGUCCAUUAUGAUGCAACCAGUAAACCGGCCAACCCAAAGUGGAGCAUGGUCGACGUCCAGUAUCAAAGAAUGAUGAAGCGUUUUGUUCCUCUGUCGGAGCUUAAAAAGUACCACCUGCAGCACCGGGCCAAAGGAGGGCCUCUGAAGGAUAUGGUGCUUUUUACAAGGGCCCGGCUCUCUGUGCAACCCCUCACCACUGAGGAGUUUGACUUUGUCCUGAGUUUGGAGGACAAACAGCCACUGUGAGGAUAUGAAAUCAUGCAACUGCAACCUAGUAUACUGUCAGCUAUCAUCAGUGUUUAUGCAAAGUGCAAUCAGCACAAAAUACUGUAGUGCUUAUUUUCUGGUUCAUAUGUAUUAUUAAAUGUGCCUUUGUCAUCUUA